AUGAGGCAUACAAUUUUGGUGACCGCUGUUCUAUCGACCCUGAUGGUGUUAACGGCGUGCCAGUCGGACGAUGAAACAGCAGCCAUGGUACUGGCUGUAAACUCUAACGAACCAGAAGAGAAGACAACAAAUGACGAAGAUAAUCUCAACCUAGAUCCAGUUCUUGAUGAAACUGACACGGAUAACGAACAGCAGCAGGAGACUUGGAAUUGGUUGAAAAAUGUUUUGAAGAUAGCGUCGGAUGAAGGAAAGAUAAAUAAUCCGGUAUUGAAGAGUUCGAGCUAUGAUUCCAAAAUCCCGAGUCAGAAUGAUGAAGUGUUGAAGAUAGCCGCUGAUGAAUGUUCAUCUCAUAACAAUUUUAAAACAUCGAAUGAUAAUUCUUAUGCUUCAUUUGAGAGAGCCUUCAGCGACCAGAAGACGAUGGUCUGGCUACUGAGUGCCAUUUCUGACAACCAAGGUGGCUAA